AUGACAAUGAAGAUGCCCUAUUUCGUUUUGUACCCGAAGAAUGACUUUCCAUUCCUGAUUCCACCACUCAAGCAUUGCCUGACCACCCAUGCAUUGUGUACAAAUGGCCUCCAGCCAGCCAACACCACGCUGUACUGGAUGGAGAUUAGUGACUAUUUCUGCUUCCUGGCGCUGCCGGUCAUCAUCUCCUUCGCCUUCGUCACUGAGAUCAUCAGCAUCAUCGUCUUGUCCAAGCAGAUCAGGAUGUCCCUUGACACGUACCUGCUGGGCCUGUCUAUAGCAACAAUACUCCUCAUCUGUUGUACAGUGGUUUUAGUGCUGCAACACUACAUAGGCUACCAUCCAGUGCUUACCUACAUUCAGGGCUACGCCAUCAGCUGCCGGGACUGGUUUUGGUACACUACGAUAUGGCUUAUUGUGAUGAUGAGCUUCGAGCGGGCUCUCACUGUGUCUGCAACCCGCUCAAACACCCUGUGUACUUCUGCUCAAGCAGGUGUUGUGGUUGUGAUGGUGUUUUGUGUAGGUCUUGUAAGCGCCUUACCAAGAUUCUGGGAAUAUGCAGCUACAGGUGUUUUUGAUUCCUCACGUAAUGUCACAGUUCUCAUUUCAGAAAAGACGGAGUCAACAACAACGCCAGAGUACAACACAAUGUAUUUCUGGUAUGUUAAAACUAUAACGCUAUUUCUCCCUUACUUCAUGAUGCUUUCAAUAUCAGUAACCCUCAGUUGUAGGACCAGACGUUCCACCAUGACGCGGCGCUACAUGUCCGUCAAACACUCCAGCGGACUAACCCUAAACCGUAAGAUUAAGGAGGAAAUAGCUUUGUCGAAACUUUUAAUUCUGAUAAUCAGUGUGUAUGUGAUAUUCACCACACCAUUCUGUCUGUUGGACCUGCUAGCGUAUGCCCUACCGGGCUGGAUUAGUUCAGACAGUCGUAUGUUUGCCAGUCUGUACAACCUGUUUAGUGUCAGCUUCUUCCUCCACUAUGCCCUCCAUCUCAUUCUUUACUUCUGCUACAACAAACAGUUCCGUCUGACGCUCCUGGCCCUAUGCUGCUGCUGUUGUUGAUGAUGCAGCAGCAAGGGUCAGACAGUCAAGCGAGGGCAUGAACAGACCAUCCCAUACACCUCAAUACCAAGACACAAACAAGUUAGAGAAGUAAAAACAAAGAAUUUGCUUCAAGGCAAACUUCUCAUUGUCCUGAACUUAUUAAUUACAUUAGACAAGCACUCGCUUUUCUAACAUGCCAAAUUAAUAGCUUGGCAUGGUUACAUGAAAGAUAUUUAUUUGACCAAUUUGUUUGGAAGCGAUAAAAGUGAAAUAAAAUUGAAAAUUUGACACAUUAAAAUCUGAAGAACUUAAACUUUGUGACUUUCUUUUCGUUUAACUGAGAAAUGUGUCAUUUUCUAAUAUAACCAUUGCCAUAAAUACUUUCCUUUGUGUGACUUUGUUUGAAAGAGCCUAGUACAGCCUAGCUAGCAGAGUAUGAAUGGGGUCGAUACACAAAAACAAAGCAAUUGUUUUGAUACUGCAAUGGUUUAGAUUUGUGUAGUUUAGAGAUUUAGAUUAAUGCUUUUAAAUUGUUUUGUUACAGCUGCCCUGAUCACAAGCAAUGGCUACAAAUGCUGACACAUACUCCAAAAUGUUUUUGAUAUAUUUUUUAAAUUCUUCAUGCCUUUUGUUUUAGACAAUCAUAUUUUUUCCAAAGAUUGUUACGACAAGUUUCACUUCAUGUCUUUAUAAUGUAC